CACGGUAGGUUGAGCCAGCUGAGGUCCAUAGAAAUUUGACAGCUUCACAGGUGAGACAACCGUCCAGAGGCUGUUUCACUUUACAUCUCAGUUUUUUCCCCCGGAGCACCAUUCACUGUGAGCCUGGGGUUGCCACAGUCAAAAAACAACCAUUCGAAGUCAAACCAUUCCGGCAGCAUGAGCAAAAAGAAAAAGGACUGGAAGACUGAAAAAGAGAGACUGCUCCGUCUAGAUCGGGAGGAGCGACGCAAGGAGUAUCGACGUCAAGAUUUUAUAUCUUUGGACAAGAUCCCAACCUGGAGAGAGGAAAAGAGACCCAAUGACAAAGAGGAAGGGAAUGAGCUGACAGGCGGAGGAGGGCUGAGUGAUAAAGUGUCUCUCUACAAAGGAGACAUAACCGUCUUGGAGGUGGAUGCCAUCGUCAAUGCCGCAAACUCCAGUCUUCUGGGAGGAGGGGGCGUGGAUGGCUGCAUACACAAAGCAGCGGGGUCCUGUCUGUAUGAUGAGUGCCACUCACUAAAUGGCUGUGAAACCGGCAAGGCCAAAAUCACCUGCGGCUAUGAUCUCCCUGCAAAAUAUGUGAUCCACACCGUGGGCCCGGUGGCCAGAGGUCAUGUGAGCGAAACCGAGGAAAACGACCUCACCUCCUGCUACCAGAACUCCCUCAGGCUGAUGAAGGAGCAUGACUUGAGCACUGUGGCCUUCCCAUGUAUAUCCACAGGCAUCUAUGGCUUUCCAAACGAGCCUGCAGCUCAAAUUGCUCUGGACACAGUGAAGAAAUGGAUUGAAGAGAAUCCGGAUAAGAUUACACGGGUCAUUUUCUGUGUCUUCCUCGAGACCGACUUUGCCAUCUACAAGACGAAAAUGUCUGACAUGUUUCCAGACAAUGACAUGGAGGUUACAGAGGAGCCGCUGAAGGGAGAUAACACACCUCUAUCUACGAAAUCCACAACCAAGGAAGAAAGUGAAGACAGUAACAGACGUGAAGAGGAAAUAGGUGAUGAAGACAAGAGUGAAGAUGCUGCUGCGGGAAAUGAAGACGUGGACAUGGCGAGUCAAAACCCAGAUGAAAAUUUAGGAAACGAGGAGCCGAAUCAAGAAAAGGAUAAAGAUGAAAAUGAACACCAAGACAAAGAUGAAGAUAAAGGAAUUGACAAUGAGGAAGAGAAAGAUGAAGACAAAGGCAUCGACAACGAGAAAGAUGAAGACAAAGCAGGAGAAGAGCAGCCUGCCGUGAAGGCAGAAGAUGACGACACAGCAAAGUCCACUGUCGAGAUGGAAGAUUUCUCUGAGAUGAACAACACUGGCACCAGCAAUGGAGAGGAGAUGAAAGAUCCUGUCGAGAGCUCAGAAGAACCUGAUUCCAUUCUAACUGACAGCAUUCAGUCCAAAGACACUGUUGAGAAGAAAGAAUGACCAGCUGAGGGAAGGACAAUCAACCUUAUCUCACAGCCAUCAAAACUGUGCGAAGGCCAACCACACUGGUGUCAGACUGGCCCAUGUCAGUAUGGGCUCUGACACUGGCCCAGGACAACCAGUUACUCCUAAGAUGCUCACAUCCCAACCUUUAUUUAGCCUGUCCCCUCUUUGUUAAGAAACCACUCAUCCCUGAAGUAUGUAAUGUAUGUAUAUGUAUGUAUGUAUGUAUGUGCAAAACCUUACUAUAUGACUUGAACAUAUCAACCAGAAGAUGAGCCAUACCUCACUGUCUGUUACAGCCAUAUAUUUUGCCAGCAGGGUGCGAUGAGAUAAACCGGGUUCAAGUCUCUUUAUUUGAUCUAUGCCCACCCUGAGAGCAUGGUGAAGCUGUCAGUCGAUCAACCACCCUUCUUUUCUGACAAGAACAGUAAUGACGACACUUAACAGUGGAAUUACCUGCCAUGUCUCCUCACACACUACUGCAACUCCAGCUCCAUUGUUUAGUCAAAUCAGUGAAUAUAUCCUUGAUUCGGACCACAGUCUGUAAGACGUAGUGUCACUCCCCGGCCUUUUAUCUAUGAACAUCACUGAUCUCUGCCACUGCUUUAACUGCAGCUUAACUUGUUUUACCAAGAAACUGUUCAUCAAGGCCCAAGUACAAUAAAAAUGAUAUGAGUGUCUUUUAACAAACCAAUUAGUUCUUGUCCCCCAUUUUUUCUUUGCUGUUUUAACUGCAUGCCAGAUAAUUGCUUUGAACUUCAUCAACAAAAACAGGAAUAACAGUCCUCUUCGCUUUCGCUUGUCUCCUUACCAGAUUGUCUAUAACUAUAUUGAAGGAAUCUGCCUUAUUUCAUAUCAAACUACAAAUUCAAAAUCACAAGGUGGUGGUCCAAGUAUGAAUUCUUGGUUUUGAUUGCUUGCAGAUGAUUUGUUAUUUUGGGUAAUUCAUGUAAUGGCAAAUGCCUGUUGUUAAUGGUUUCUUGUUUUUUUCCUCUGUUGACUUUAAAACAUGGUUUUGGUUUCUUUGGUUUCUGUUAAAUGUUGUGAUUCAUGAAUUAUUUCUCAUUGGUGCCAUACUAAAGAUCGGAUUGAUUACAGUUCUAUGAAAUGAUGCCUUCAUACUUUGAUGUUUGCUUUGCUAAACUAUAACAGAAACAGCUAAUAAAAUUUAAAGGUGGAAGC